AUGCCUCGUUCCAGCGGCUCUACGUCCUCCGCCAAGAGCGUCCGCAGGGCACCGUCCGAGCUGGAGAGGGCAGACUCCAUCACGUCGCCAAAGUUCCUGCGGCGGCGGCAGAGUCUGAUCGAUGACGCGCGUAAAGAGCGGGAGGCAGCGGCGGCCGCAGCUUCAGCCGCGGAGGUCAGUGAACAGAUCGUGUUUGAGGAAGACGACGGAAAAGCGCUGCUCAACAUCUUCUUCACGCUCAGCAACAAGACGCAGGUCCUGUCCCGCGCACUCAAAGUCUUCGAGACUUUUGAGGCAAAGAUCCACCACCUGGAGACGCGACCCUCCCGUCGGCUGCGGGACGGCCUGGAGGGGCUGGAGUACUUCGUCCGCUGUGAAGUGCACCUCACAGACGUCAGCACUUUGAUCGGCUCUCUGAAGAGGAACGCUGAGGACGUCAAAACCAACAAAGAGGUCAAAUUUCACUGGUUCCCAAAGAAAAUAGGAGACCUCGACAAAUGCCACCAUUUGGUCACAAAAUUUGAUCCAGAUUUAGACCAAGAUCAUCCUGGCUUCACAGACCCAGUGUACAGACAGAGGAGGAAGAUGAUUGGGGACAUUGCCUUCAGAUACAGGCACGGACAGCCCAUUCCCAGAGUGGAGUACACGGCCGAGGAGAUAAGCACAUGGAGAGAAGUCUACUCCACCCUGAGAGACUUGUACCGCACCCACGCGUGCAGCGAAUACCACGAGUCCUUCUGCCUCCUGGAGAAACACUGUGGCUACAGCCCCGACAACAUCCCACAGCUGGAAGAUGUGUCCAACUUCAUGAAGGAGCGAACCGGCUUCAUCCUGCGGCCGGUGGCAGGUCUGCUCUCAGCCAGAGACUUUUUGGCCAGUUUGGCGUUCAGAGUGUUCCAGUGCACCCAGUACAUCCGCCACGCCUCGUCCCCCAUGCACUCCCCCGAACCUGAUUGUGUCCAUGAGCUGCUGGGCCACGUUCCCAUGUUGGCCGACCGCAUGUUUGCCCAGUUCUCGCAGAACUUGGGCCUGGCCUCAUUAGGAGCCUGUGACGAGGACAUCGAAAAACUAUCCACGCUGUACUGGUUUACGGUGGAGUACGGUUUGUGUAAACAGAACGGCGAGCUGCGAGCCUACGGUGCUGGACUGCUGUCUUCAUACGGCGAACUGGUGCAUUCGCUUUCGGAUGAGCCAGAGCGGAGAGAGUUUGAUCCGGAGGCGGCGGCGGUGCAGCCUUAUCAAGACCAGACCUAUCAGCCCGUCUAUUUUGUUUCUGAGAGCUUUGCAGAUGCGAAGGAGAAAUUCAGGGCUUUUGUCACCGGAAUCAAGCGUCCCUUCGCCGUGAGGUACGAUCCAUUUUCCUGCAGCGUGGAGGUCUUAGACAAUCCCCUCAAGAUCCAAGGAGGCCUGGAAUGCCUCAAAGACGACCUGAAGACGCUCACAGACGCCCUGAGUGUGCUCUCCAAAGAUGACAUCAUCGCUUGUGUCCAGUUCCCAGCGGCAUCAGGUAUGACCCACGGACGCAUCACUCUCACCUGA